CGGACCCACAGAGCCUGCGAGGAGGAGCGACCAUCUGGAUUUGGGACAUCUCUCGAAACCUCGUCUUGUCCUCCUCGGAGCCGGCGGCGAAGCGGCGGCGCUCUUCUCGACGACUGCCUGGAGGAGACGAACCCGCACAUAAGUCCGCGUGGAUUCAAGAAAAUGGAUGAGAAGCCAUACGAUGGUGAAGUAUUAACUCGUCGAGUUGAAGAACUCCAGCGGGAACGUGAUGAACUGAGAAAAGAUAUCGAGCAAUUAUGUAUGCAACAAGCUGGGCCGGGUUAUGUUUCUGUUGCAACUCAAAUGCUUUCUCAGAGGACAACAGCUCUGGAGCAGGAUAUUGAGAUCCUUCAGAAGAAGUUAAGUGGAUGCUUAAGAGAGAACCAAAAUUUGCAAGAGGAGCUUGCUGAGGCUUAUCGAGUUAAGAGCCAGCUUGCUGAUUUAUAUGGUGCUGAGCUAUCAAAGACCAAGGAGCUAGAGCAGCAAGUGAGGUUUUUCCAGAGCAGCGUUGCUCAAGCAUUUGCUGAACGAGAUGGUUCAUUGUUGGAGUGUGAGAAAGCAAAGGAGCGAGAAGAAGCAGGGUUAAAAGUGUGCGCUACCUUUGAGGAAAGGAUGAGAGAAUAUCAAACUGCAAUGGAAGAUCAGAAACGUUUGAACGAUGCCUUGCAAAUGGAGUUGACAGAGCUAAAAGCGCAUACAGAAUCUUCCUUGAAUGUUAUUAAAAAAUUCUAUGAAGUUCGUUACAGAGAAUGUGAAUGCCCUUCAAACAUUACUUUUGAAGAGAAAUGUUCGAUUCUUCUAGAUGAUUCUGCUGACAAUUGGAGUUUCAACUUGGAUGGCGAAACCUCAACUUCGAAGUACAUUGCAUCUCUAGAACAGGAGAAUGAGUCGCUUAAAGCUAAAAUAUCUAAGCUGCAAAACAAUCUAAGAAUGAGUUUUGAAAUUGAACAGCACUUGCAAAGAAAUGCACGAACACUGGAAAAGAAACAGGCACUCAAUGAUGAUCUUAUGAGAAAUGGUCUGUCAGCUCUUCAAAAAGUCUAUACACAUCAAAGGGCUGAAAUUAUGAAAAUAUUGGAAGAAGAAUCACUUCUGUUAAGCACUGCUGUUAAUGAGAUUCAAGACAAGUUAACUCAAAUUUGCUUCAAUGCUGAGAUCAUUGGUAACCCUGUUGGUGAGAUGCAAUGCUGCGACAGUAGUUGUAAAGAUGUGCAUGUUACUAUGGAUAUUGGCCCCGACACCAUCCCUAAGGGUGAUGUUCCUACAAGUUAUUCUACAACAUUUGAUGAUUCAAAAGCGCUCGCUCAAACUUUGCGAGAGAAGAUGGAGGCGCUUAUGCUUUUCUCACAGGAACAAGAAAGAUAUCUGCUGGAAAAACAGAAGAACCAAGCUAUUAUAGAGGACCUUCAGAAGAACUUAUCUCAAGUUAAAGAUGAAAAGGUGAAGGUCCUGAUGGAGUUAGCAAAACUGAAAGAAGCAUGUCUCCUGAAAUGCAACUCUUCUGUGAAUGAUGGUCAUGGUAUUGUUGAUACUCCGAAAGUCACUUCUGGGCAUGACCAACAAGGGAUGCUGAAGACCAUUCUUAACAGAACAUCUCUAAGGCAAUGGAUAAAAAAGGAAAAUAAUAGUGGGCAUGAGCGCUCUGAUGGCAAUGAUCUGACAAUUUGUAGAGGGUGCUCAGUAGAUCUUUCAAGGUUGAAAGUUGAAAAUGCUACCCUUUUGGAAAGUGUUGCUACUAUGGAACGUCUCACUUCUUUGGUUCAUAGACUGCACAGAGUGCUUAUGAAGGCUUAUGAUGAUGUCAAAUCCGGCUGUUCUUUGGAGAGUACUUAUGAAGUGCUAAACAGUCUUAUAACAGAAGCAAACCUCAUGAGAACAGCUCUUGGCGUUGUUCUCCCAGUAAGCUGGUCAGGGGAUUCAUCAGGUGGUAUCACUUCAGACUCGCCUAAAUCAUCAAAAUCCGAAAAGGUGGAUCCCCUCGGUUCUGCUAGCGUGGAGAUGGUGGAGCUACUUAUAUUCGCUGCGGAUAUCCUCAAAGAGAGCUUUAUGUUGAAGAAAUGAUUGAGGAUUCAGAAGCAUGCAUACAAUUUAAUCUUGAGAGAGAAUUGUCCGCUUGAGUUGAUUUCUUACUGUGCACUGCUACUCUGUAAAUAUGGGGAAGUGGAAACUGCUGCAAACUGUUUGUAUAUGAACCUGAUGGUUUGGAUGCAGAAGAGAUAGUAAAUCCUGCAAACUGAUGAUUUUGCAUGUCAAAAUUUACCAGGUACUUGUUGACAAAUUACAUGCAUGAGUGAGGUACUUGUUGACAAAUUA